AUGGGAAUCCUGAAGCAGAGAACAAAAAAGGUGGAGGAGGAGGCGGAGGAACUUACCGGAGAGGAAAGGAGGACAUUGGAAAGAAAACUAAAGAAAGAGCGUAAGAAGGAAGAAAAAAAACUGAUGCGGGAAGCUGGAAUUGCUGCUAAGAAAGAAGAGCCCAAAAAACCAUCAGGAGCUGAGUUGGCACUGGAGUAUUUAACUAGCUGGUCCAAAAAACCAAAAGAAUGGAAGUUUCAAAAGACCAGGCAGACUUGGCUUCUUUUGCACAUGUAUGAGAAAGAGAAGGUUCCAGAUGAAUAUUUCUCUAUUUUAUUGGACUAUCUGGAGGGGCUUAAAGGCAGCGCGCGAGAUGUAACCAUGCAGAAAGCUGAAGCUCUUAUGAAAGAAUAUGACAAUUCGGAUACAGAAGAUCCAGCCCUGUUGGAGAAGUGUGAGCGCAUACGAAAAGUUUUACAGCUAUUAUCAUGAAAGUGUGUAAACCUUGUCAUUAGAUUUCUAGAUUCGUCUGUCUCUAUCAUUGUAUGGAGAACAGGUGAAAUGCAACAAAUAACUUCCAAAAAAAUAUGUAAAUACAUGUUUUUUCAUUAAGAAUUGUAAUUAUGACAAGAGUUCAUGUUUCCAUUGCUCAUUGUACAGUGUUUUAAAAUCAAUCAUUAAACAGUUUAUAAGGAGACUGUAAUCAAAACGAA